GAUGGGUGAUCACCGGAGACGUGUGUUGGAUCUUUACAAACGGCUGCAGUAUAUGGGCCGCGAGUAUCCGGGCGGACCGGAAAAAUUUCGACAGCGGUGCUACAACGCGUUCAAGCGCCAAAGCACCGAAACCGAUCCGGAGAAGAUUGAAAAAGCGAUCGGAUUGGGCGAGUACGUUGUGAAGGAAAUUGAAGCGUUGUACAGUUUACGAAAAUAUCGGGCCAUGAAGCGCAGAUAUUACGAUGAUAAGUAGUGGA